GCUGAGUCCAGCUUCCACCGUUCUCUUUUCAUUUCAUCAUCUUCUUCUUUCUAACGCAUGCAGAGAAUAACACAGAACGGCCCACUGUUUUAUUUAUUCCUCACUCAUUAAACCAUACAUUUCUUUUGUUUUUGUUUUAUUUUAUUUUAUUUGUAAAUUUUAGCAAAACCCAAUUCCAUUUUUUGUUUGAUAAAUUUAAUCUUUGAUUCUUUCAUUUACAGCAAUCCAAUUUCAAUAAAAAAAAAUGGAAUCUGAGAAGUCAAAUUAUGGUGCGAUAAUGGUUUACUUCACGAAGCCUUCUUGGGCUUUCCUUGUUCUUCUCUUUACUGUUAUAGCAAUCCUUAGUCUUCAAAUCUCUCCAAAAGCUAUUAUUCUUCCUUUCCCACUCUUUCCCGUUCCCGGAUCAUCCGAACUCGACUUCGAAUCCGAUUUCGACCCCGGAAGUUGCGUCGCAACUUUCGGUGAGUUUCCAGAGAGGAAACACGUUAUGUCGUUGAAGGACUUCGGGGGAGUUGGCGAUGGGAAAACGUCUAAUACGGCGGCGUUUAGGAAGGCAUUAGAUUACAUGCAACGUUUCAGUGAGAAAGGCGGGGCUCAGCUUAAUGUCCCCCAAGGAAAGUGGCUAACCGGAAGUUUUAAUCUCACUAGUAAUUUCACAUUGUUUCUUGAACAGGGUGCUGUUAUCUUAGGAUCUCAGGACCCUGAGGAAUGGCCUAUUGUAGAGCCAUUGCCUUCUUAUGGUAGAGGGAGAGAGAGAUUGGGAGGAAGACACAUAAGCCUUAUUCAUGGAGAUGGUCUUACCAAUGUUGUUAUUACAGGAAAUAACGGGACAAUUGAUGGCCAAGGUCGAAUUUGGUGGGAAUUGUGGUGGAACAGAACACUAAACCACACAAGAGGCCACCUCGUAGAACUGAUGAACUCUCGUAACAUUCUUAUCUCUAACUUAACCUUCCGAAAUUCACCAUUUUGGACGAUUCAUCCCGUUUACUGUAGCAAUGUAGUUGUUAAGGGCAUGACAAUAUUGGCUCCCCUUAGUGCCCCAAAUACUGAUGGAAUAGACCCAGACUCCAGUACCAAUGUAUGUAUCGAGGACUGCUAUAUUGAGAGUGGAGAUGAUCUUGUAGCAAUAAAAAGUGGAUGGGACCAGUACGGCAUCAAAAUGGCACGACCAAGCUCAAACAUAAAAGUGAGGAGAAUCUCAGGCACUACACCAACUUGUUCAGGUGUUGGCAUUGGUAGUGAGAUGUCUGGAGGGAUUUUUAAUGUAACUAUUGAAAAUAUGCAUGUUUGGAAUUCGGCAGCUGGGGUCCGUAUAAAAACUGACAAGGGUAGAGGGGGAUACAUUGCAAAUAUCACCAUAAGGAAUAUAAUGAUGGAACGAGUCAAAAUUCCUAUUAGGUUGAGUAGAGGCUCGAAUGAUCACCCUGAUGAUAGAUGGGAUCCUAAAGCCAUUCCUAAAAUAAGGGGGAUUUUCAUUAGUAACAUUGUUAGUUUGAAUUCAACAAAGGCACCAGUACUGGCUGGUAUUCGCGGCGCAUCAUUUGAAGGGUUAUGCUUUAAGAAUGUUACUUUACUUGGACUUUCCCCGAACGCGGCAUGGCACUGUGAGUUUGUUUCAGGUUGUACAAAUGCUGUGUUUCCAUUGCCAUGUCCUCACUUGCAGAACAAUGGCUCCUCAACAUGUUGCUCAUAGGCUCAAGUUCGAGGUGAGUACGUUCCUGACUGCAUACGGAAAUUUCACUUCCACCCACAACCAUGGAUGCUCUGAACAAACUGGAUUCUAAAGGUGAAUCAUUUCACAAGUAUCAUUAGUCUGAGCUUCAUUUGCUCAUGAAAGUGGGGUUGUGGAUGGAGGGGAUACUGCAAUUUUCUCAGAUUAGAUAUGAAGAUUCCAUGCAUACUGCAAUUUUGUCAAAACACAUAAUAUUCAUUUGAGUAGUUGUGAUUGCUAGGGUUUCCAGAUUUGUCUGGUAUAACUGUAUUGCAAUAUGGUUUAGGGUUGAUUUAAAUUUAUCACUUGUGUAACAAAUGUAUGUCAUAUAUGGUGGUAUAUAAUAUUUAUGGAUGCCUGUUAAUUUAUAUUAAAA